UUUUUAUACACUUUGUAUAAUUGUAUAUUAAAAAAAUUGAUUAGGAAUAGAUUACUCCUAUUGGUCUAACAAUACCCUAGGGCCAUGUGAUAAAAUAUUAAAAAAAUCAUAGAACCCAUGUACCCAGUUCCCUCCACGCGUCAGUUGUCACCUACUGUUGGAGUCGCACCAGGUUGAUAAUGCAUCGAAAAUACCUUUUUUAUUUUUAUUUUUUUCUUUUCACUCAAUUUUAUAUUUCUCAACCAAUCAGGACUCUCCAUAUUGCACCGAUGUACUCAAUAUUCUCUUUUUCCACAGCUUUUUUUUUUUAAUAAUUAAUUUAUAAAUAUAUAGUAAUAAAACCCCUUUUUUUUGUUUUUAUUUUAAAAAAAAUAUGCUUUUUCUGGGUUACCUAUUAUUUUCUCAGAUUACCAAAAGAAGAAAGAGAUGAGGUUCUGCCCUUUCCUGGGCCUUCCCUCUUUUUAUUUAAUUUUUGUGUUAUAAAAGGAAAAAAAUAAAUAUAAAUAAAUAUAAAAUAAAGUGGUAGUAGAAGAAACAGGGAACAGUAGUGUCUUUGUUUCUUCAUUAUUCUCCCCACAAUCCCACAAAAAUUAAAAAUUUGGGUUAGGGUUUUUAUUUUUCCUUUCUCCUUCUCUCAUUUUUAACCUUUACCGAUACCGAUCCGGUCUAUUGUAGUCGAUCAAGUCGAAUUAAAUCGAAUUGAAUUGAAUUGAAGUCUCGAGAUUGAGUAGUUAGCUAAUUAAGAUGGUGAGAGGAAAGACUCAAAUGAAGAGGAUAGAGAAUGAUUCAAGUAGACAAGUGACUUUCUCAAAGAGAAGAAAUGGUUUGCUGAAAAAAGCUUUUGAGCUUUCUGUUCUUUGUGAUGCUGAAGUUGCACUUAUUAUUUUCUCUCCUACUGGUAAACUUUACGAGUUUGCUAGCUCAAGUGCAACCAGGACCAUCGAUCGAUACCAAAAACAUAUGAAGGAGCUGCGUGGAGUGAAGAGUAAGGUGUCGUCAGACAGAAACAUGCUGCAAUUCAAGGAAGAUGCUCAUGAACUCGAGAAGAAGUUAAAGAGCCUUGAAAUUUCUAAACGGAAGUUACUAGGUGAUGGUCUUGAGGCGUGUUCCAUUGAUGAGCUUCAAGAGCUUGAGAAACAGCUAGAUAAAAGUCUUUCCAAUAUCAGAGCAAAAAAGAAUGCGUUGUUCAGAGAGAAGAUUGACAAGUUGUAUGAAGAGGAGAAGCUCUUGCUCAAAGAGAAUGCCCGCCUAAAAGAGAAGCUUCACGUAUCUUCACCGGAUUCGCAACGUAGCCGGCAAACAGCAGAUGAUCAGCAGAACAGCGCGCAAGAUGUAGAGACCGAAUUGUUUAUAGGGCUGCCGGAAAGCAGAAACACGCGAUUGCUGCAGUAAAAUCUAACUAACUAAAAAAAAAAAAACAAAGAUUUGGGUGUAUGUUUAUUGUGUAACAUUUCAUUUACAUGGUCAAGUUUCUGAAGUUAGGCUGUGAACAUUAGAGUCAAAUAUCACUUCUACAUUGUGGUUUGGCUGGUAAAUAAUGAAUUUCAGGAGAAGUGUGUUAUCUGUUAUAGAGUUCAGUGAGAUGAAUAUGUUGAUCUGUUGUAAUGCUAAUCAUAGCACAUUAUUACUCCUUA